AUGUUGCUCCCCACCCUCCUCUCCUUUACCGCCUUCCUUACAACGGCCUCCGCCCAAACCACCAAUACCGCAAUCCGCUACAUGCCCUUCGGCGACAGCAUAACCGAGAUAAUUUGCUGGCGUUCCAAACUCUGGCAGCGUCUCCAAACCACCCCCUUCAACUCCUCCACCGUAAACUUUGUCGGUAGCGGCAAAACCGAAAACAACUGCCGCGACACGACCUACGACCGCGACAACGAAGGCCACUCUGGUUUCCUCGCUAUCGACAUCGCGAAUAAAGGGCAGUUGGAUGGGUGGCUGAAGACAAAUCCCGCGGAUGUGAUUACGAUGCAUUUGGGCACGAAUGAUAUCGUGCAGCAGAAUAAGGCGGUGGCGGAUAUCAUUAAGGCGUUUGGAACGUUGGUGGGGAGUAUGAGGGGAGCGAAUCCGAGGAUGAAGAUUGUUGUCGCGCAAAUUAUCCCCAUGGGCUUCGGUAGCUACAAUACCAAGAUCCAAGACUUGAAUCGCGCAAUCGUUCCAUGGGCUCAGGGUCUCAAUACGACGGAAAGCCCCAUCUGGGUUGUGGACCAAUAUACGGGGUUCAGUGGGACGGCGGAUCUGAGGGAUGGAAUACAUCCAAAUGAUAGUGGGGAUGUCAAGAUGGCGAAUGUGUGGUUUCCAGCGGUCGUCAGGGCUUUUGAGGCGGUGAGGGCGGAUAGGGGUACAGGAGUUGGUAUGAUUGAGAGGGAGUUUGUUGGGUAG